UCUUCACUCAUAAAUUGAAUUGAAUAAAAUAAACCCCUCAGCGUGAUAUCACAAGACGUGAAAAUGGAAAAGAAAGACACAAGCCACUGUGUUGUUCAGAGUUCAAUUGUUUUUUUGUCCACCACCAUCACCACCUGGCACUGCUAGACCAUUCCAACUUCCAACAGCACAACAUACCCAAUGACUUCAACGUCCUCACUCCAGUUUUGAGUCCCUCAAAGAUUCCCUCUUGUUCUAUUCUAUUCUCUGCCACAACUAUCAAGUACAUGAGUUUUGCCAAAACAACAAAAAGUACACCGAGCACAAGAAAAGAAGGAGGGUCAUCAUUAAUGUCAGAGCAGGAAACCGAUUCAUGGGGCUUCCUGUUUGUCUGUUUCUUGAUCCUUUUCUCAGGUAAAUUGGUUGUUGGGGAUUCGUUGGCCACUGACGCAGAAGUUCUGCUGAAGCUGAAAUCUUAUUUGCUGGCCCAAACUCGUACGAACAGAGGAGGGUACAUAAGCUGGAACAAGAACAGUUCAAAUCCUUGUCAAUGGUCAGGAAUCGAUUGCAGCCUCUUGAACGGGACAACACUGAGGGUUGUGAAAGUAGACAUCUCUUACAGUGAAAUUUAUGGUAACAUAUUCGAUGGGUUCUCUAAUCUCACUGAGCUCAGACACCUUGACAUCUCUUGGAACUCUCUCUCUGGGGGGAUUCCUGAGGACUUGAGGAUGAGCCAGAAGCUUGUGUAUCUCAAUCUCUCCCAUAAUACUCUCGAGGGGGAGUUGAAUCUGAAGGGAUUGACUCAGUUGCAAACCGUGGACUUGUCUGUUAAUAGGUUCCGUGGGGAACUUGGGCUGAGUUUCCCUGCCAUUUGUGACAGUUUGGUGACUUUAAAUGUUUCAGAUAAUCACUUGAGUGGUGGGAUUCAUGGCUUCUUUGAUCAAUGCUUCAGUUUGCAGCACUUGGAUUUGAGCACCAACCAUCUUAAUGGAACCUUGUGGGCUGGAUUUUCCAGGCUGAGACAAUUUUCAAUCUCAGAGAAUUUUCUCACUGGGGUUGUUCCUCCCCAGGCUUUUCCAGUAAACUGUAGCACCGAAAAACUGGACCUUUCAGUGAAUUUAUUUGUUGGUAAAGUCCCCGAGGAGGUGUCCAACUGCAAGAACUUAGUGGUUCUCAACCUCUCUAGUAACAAUUUCACGGGAGAUAUUCCCCGUGAAAUUGGUUCCAUUUCUGGUCUUCAGGGAUUGUUCUUGGCGAACAAUACUUUCUCAAGGGAUAUCCCAGAGACCCUUUUGACCUUGACCAAUUUGUUCAUCUUGGAUUUGAGCAGAAACCAAUUUGGUGGGGAAGUGCAGGAGAUUUUUGGGAAAUUCAAGCAACUGAAGUUUCUUUUGCUGCACUCAAAUUCCUACACUGGAGGGUUGAACUCAUCAGGCAUUUUUACAUUGACAAACCUUGGACGUUUGGACUUAAGCUUCAAUAAUUUUUCUGGUCCAUUACCUGUUGAAAUCUCAGAAAUGUCUGCACUCGCUUUCUUAACCUUAACCUACAACCAGUUCUCUGGACCUAUUCCUCCUGAAUUGGGAAAGUUGACUCACCUUAUGGCACUUGAUCUUGCCUUCAACAAUUUCAGUGGAACGAUCCCACCAACCCUUGGAAACUUGACUUCUCUCUUAUGGCUAACCCUUUCAGAUAAUUCAUUAACCGGAGAAAUCCCACCAGAAUUGGGAAACUGCUCGAGCAUGUUAUGGCUAAACCUUGCAAACAACAAACUAUAUGGAAAAAUUCCCUCCGAUCUAACAAGAAUUGGAAGGAAUGCAAGGGCCACAUUUGAAUCAAAUGAAAAGAGUCUUGGGGGAGUUGUUGCUGGCAAUAGUGAGUGCUUAGGAAUGAAGAGAUGGAUACCUGCUGAUUACCCUCCGUUCAGCUUUGUGUAUACCAUCCUGACAAGGAAGAAUUGUAGGGCCCUUUGGGACAGGUUGCUCAAAGGAUAUGGUAUCUUCCCCAUGUGUACUUCUGAUCCCUCUGCUAGAUCAUCACACAUAGCAGGGUAUGUUCAGCUAAGUGGGAACGAUUUGAGUGGAGAGAUUCCUUCAGAAAUUGGAAAUAUGGUAAACUUUAGCAUGUUGCAUUUGGGAGAUAACAAGUUUACUGGGAAAUUCCCUCCAGGGAUGGUAGGUUUACCACUCGUAGUCUUGAACAUGACCAGAAACAAUUUUUCUGGUGAAAUUCCAAGUGAAAUUGGCAACAUGAAGUGUCUACAGGAUCUUGAUUUGUCUAGGAACAAUUUCUCUGGAACAUUUCCCAUAAGUCUGGCACACUUGGAUGAGCUUAGCAGGUUCAACAUCUCAUACAAUCCCCUCAUAUCUGGUACUGUCCCACCGUCCGGACACUUACUCACUUUUGACAAGGAUUCAUAUUUGGGUGACCCCCACCUGAUACUCCCAAAGUUCUUUAACAUCUCUGAUGAUAGAAAUAGCACAUUACAAAGAGUCUUGAAAAAUCCCACAAAAUGGUCAUUGAUUUUGGCUCUAGGAUUAGCUAUCGUGGUCUUUGGACUUCUUUUCCUUGUAAUAUGUUUCUUGGUGAAAAGUCCAUCAGUGGAACCAGAGAAUCUCAUGAAGAAAAUAAAGAAUAAGAAAGCACAUGAUUCAGGAAGCUCGGGAUCUUCACCAUGGUAUUCUGACACAGUUAAGAUAUUCCACCUGAACAAGACAGUUUUCACACAUGCAGACAUCUUGAAAGCAACCUCCAACUUCAUGGAGGAAAGAGUCAUAGGAAGGGGUGGCUAUGGAACAGUAUAUAGAGGGUCAUUUCCGGAUGGGAGAGAGGUGGCAGUGAAGAAGCUCCAAAGGGAAGGAACUGAGGGUGAAAAAGAAUUCAGAGCUGAAAUGAAGGUUCUAAGUGGUCAGGGAUUUAGCUGGCCUCAUCCAAACCUUGUCACACUCUAUGGUUGGUGCCUCUAUGGUUCACAGAAGAUACUUGUUUAUGAGUACAUAGGAGGUGGAAGCUUGGAGGAACUUGUGACUGAUACAAAAAGGUUGAAAUGGAGGAGGCGCCUAGAAGUGGCAAUUGAUGUGGCUAGGGCACUUGUCUAUUUACAUCAUGAGUGCUACCCUUCUAUUGUGCAUAGAGAUGUGAAGGCCAGUAAUGUGUUGCUAGACAAGAAUGGGAAGGCGAAGGUCACAGACUUUGGACUUGCUAGGAUUGUUGAUGUUGGAGACAGUCACGUGAGCACUAUAGUGGCUGGCACAGUGGGGUAUGUUGCACCAGAAUAUGGACAAACAUGGAAAGCCACCACAAAAGGGGAUGUGUACAGCUUUGGGGUUUUGGUUAUGGAGCUAGCAACUGGGAGAAGAGCAGUGGAUGGAGGAGAAGAGUGUUUGGUGGAAUGGACUAGGCGUGUUAUGAUGGCUUCUGGAAGACAAGGGUUAGGUCAAUCUGUGCAAGUUUUUUUGAAGGUAAGUGGGGUGGUUGAGGGUGCUAAGGAGAUGGGUGAGUUGCUCCAAGUUGGAGUGAAAUGCACACAUGAUGCACCACAGGCUAGGCCUAACAUGAAGGAGGUUCUAGCCAUGCUUAUUAAGAUAUACGAUCCCACUGGGGACUCAAAUUAUGGACACCUUGUGUAGUGUAGCCUUUUUUGUGACUCAAGAUAGAAAAAUUGUGCAUAGUGUAAGUUUCAAUACAGUUUACAUAGAAAACACAUGUCAUACACAGUUGAUUCUUCUUGUGUAAAGAAACUCAUUAUUCAUGUUGCAGAAGUUUCUCAAUUUUGUUCUGUA